AUGGCCAAUCACCCAUUGAACGGGAAGGUUAAAUUAUACCAGGAUAUACCUGAUGAGACAUAUGAAGCUAAUAUCUUAUCGAAAGAACAUGUAUGGCAAUUAUACUUUGAUGGCGCAGCAAGAGCAAGCCCUACUAGUCCAGUUAUCACUGGAGUGGGGGUAGUCUUCAUCUCCCCACAAAACCAUGUGCUACCUCGAGCUGUUUCCCUAACAGAUCCAUGUUCCAAUAAUGUAGCCGAAUACAAUGCUUUGUUAAUCAGUCUUGACAUAGCCAAACAGUUAGGGGUGAAGCAUCUAGAGGUGUAUGGUGAUUCACAAAUCAUUGUCAACCAGGUAAAAUGUGAAUAUAAAGUUAGGAAUGAGGACCUUAUUCCCUAUCACACCGCAGCCAUAGCAUUGGCCAACUCCUUUGAAAGCUUCUACAUUGACUAUAUACCCCAUCUCAAGAAUACCUAUGCCGACGCAUUGACAUCUCUUGCAGCUACAUUGGCCCUACCUGAAAGAGCCACCCAGCAAAUCACGAUGACCAACAGGCAAUUAUUCCGGCCGAAGUACGCAUUGCAAAUUAACACAGUCGACGAAUCCCCAGAACCUCUCGAGCCUAGAGAUUAG